AUAUAAAAAAAGAUGAUACAACCACAGUCUCAGUAACUGCACCAAUGAGGUCAGCAAUGAGGUGUGAAGCAUAUGGUAGACCAUCACCAGUGAUAACUUGGCGAUUCAAUGGGAAUAUUCUCACAUCAGAGGAUAUAAGAAGAAAUAUUACUGAUUCUGUGAAUGGUUAUAGAGUUGACUCAACUCUUUUGAUUGCUUCAACAUCCAGUUCUGAUCAUGGUUCAUAUCACUGCACUGCAGCUAAUGUGUAUGGAAAUGCGACUAAGUUGAUUACCAAUUUGAAUGUGCUAUUUGCACCUGUGGUCACUGCUAGUCCCCAUACUUACAAUAUAAAUGUCAAUCUUUACAAUGAGGUCACAUUGACUUGUGUGUCAACAAGUAAUCCAGAGUCACGGGUGAUAUGGGUUGGAGAGGGAGGCGUUUUAAACGAUGUCUGUGCCGGUAAUUCAGACGAUUUUAAUGGAGCAGAGGCUGGAAUUGAAUAUUCUCAGAUUGAAAACAUGUUUCAUGAUUUCUCGGGUGAUUUGGGUGUUGCUUCACCUAGUCCUUCUGCUCACCCAAGAAACUGUACCAUCAACAUUGGAACUACAACACAAACUUUUCCUGUAUCUACAUCAGUACUGACACUUGGAAGUUUACUGCAUGAAAGCUCAAUGAAUUUUGUGUGUGUAGGUACCAAUGACAUUGGUGAUUCAUUGAGCACAGCAAGUAUUAGUCUAUCAUUAGAUGCCUCACCAUACUUUUCUCAGAUCCCCCUUGCUAUUCCAUCACUUUAUGUUGGUAGCACUGUAGAAUACAACUGCAGUGUCAUUUCAGUGACUCCAGUUAACAUCACAUGGCUACUAGAUGGCAUUGUAAUUGAUGAAGAAAUUUUGGAAUCAAAAACUCAAAAUGAAACGACUUCAACACUUGUUCUGUAUGACAUUGAAGUGGAUGAUGCAGGCAGAUAUACUUGCCAUGCUAAGAAUGAUAAUGGAACAUCAAGUCGAAGCUUCAUACAACAAAUAAGAGUCCCAGUAUUAUCACUAACGACUGAUGACAAUGUAGUGCAAGGAGAUGAUAGCAUUGAAAUGACUUGUACUGGUGAAGGGAACCCUCUUCCAGCAAUCACUUGGUCGUAUACUAAUGAGGUCACAGGAGAGACAAGGAACCUAACGAGUCCGGGCUAUACUAUUAACACUGUUCCACUACCGGAUCACGAUUAUCAAAUUGAAUCAGAGCUCAUUCUGAGUAAUGCAACUGUUGAGAAUGCAGGAAAAUACACUUGUACUGCUACUAGUGCUUUUCAAGAUCAAUCUACUAGCACCAAUGUUAAAGUUUUAGUUCCUGCUGUCAUAUCAGAGCCAAGCAGUGAUCAGAAACCCUUUUCUCCUAUUCUUGGAGCCACUGAUUUCACCAUACUCUGUGCAGCUACUGGAGUAUCUGCUCCUAAUGUAUCCAUUAUACGCUUAUCUUCCAAUCAGUCUGUUGGGACCUCCAUGAAAAUGAAACAAUUAGAUACUGGACUGAUACUAUCCGAGACCAGUCUGGUAUUUAAUACAGUCACAAGUGAUGCUGAAGGAUUGUAUGAGUGCCAAGCAAGCAAUGAAUUGGCUCAGUUGAAACACUCAUUUGUAGUAUCUGUUGAUGAUAACACGAUCUUCAACACUGAAUUUCAAGUGAUUGAUAUAGUCAUAGAGAGCAAUCUCACAAUCUCCUGCAAUAUAACCACUCAUGCUUCAGAUCCAGUCAUUAACUGGUAUCAUUCAGGAGUGAAACUAGGCACUGAUACUGAGAGAGUUUAUGCCAGUUCCUCUUCUUCAGUUAGAGAUGGUCUAACAACACUAGUCAGCACACUAACUAUAUCUGAUGUGGAAGUCUCUGAUGGUGGAAACUAUGUUUGUGAAGUAGUCAAUACGCAUGGUAGCUAUAAUGAAUCUAUCAGUCAAGUUAAUGUACAAGUUCCUCCUAGUGUUAGUGUGUCUCCAUCAAAUCUCACUUACAUUCAAGGGAUUAAUGCAAAUUUGUCUUGCAUUGGUACAGGACCACCAUUACCAUCUCUUCAAUUUGAUGGUGUCAACUGUAGCCCAUCCAGUGGCCCUCCAAUUUUGAUGCAUGGAAAUAGAUUCAGUGGUCACUGUCAGACAGUUGGUGAUAGUGUAAUUGUUAGUUUGACUGUCUCUGACAUUACAGAAUUAGGACCACUGGCAAUUGAAUGCAGUGCUACUAAUCCUGCAGGAGAUGAUACUGUUUUAGAAACAAUAUUCAUAACAGGUCUUUCUCUUACUGCUACACAACCUGAAAAUAUCUCUAUACCUGAUGGAGGCUUCCACACAUUUUCAUGUGCUGCCCAAGGUUACCCUUUACCUGAUAUUCAGUGGGGAAGUGAGAAUAACCUGUCCUUGAAUCAUGACAUCACGGUUGAUCAUGUUGGUCAAUUUGGGAUCAUUUCUAAUUUAACAAUAUACAAUUACACUGCAUCAAAUGAGGGAGAGUAUCACUGUAUAGCUAAAAACCAGUAUUAUGAACCUGUUUCAAGCACAACCGUAGUAUCUACCAAAUAUAUUGCUCCUUCUAUCAUUACGAAAUUGACUACUGAAACAGUUACUAUUAAUGAUAAUAUCAGCAUUAUAUGUACUGCAACUGGUCUACCUCCUCCUACUGUGAGUUGGAUGAAAGGGGGUAUCCCCACAAUGGGGAACAACUUGGUUAGUGAAGUUGCAGUUAACAUUGAUGGAACUCCAUCAGUGACUACCAGUACACUGACAUUAGCUGGUGUUACUCUAACUGAUGAAGGAGAAUAUACUUGUAUUGCAAGUAGCCCUGAGUUCAGUGGAACUGUUGAAAGAAUUGUCAAAAAUAUAACAAUAAUUGUUCCUCCUGUUGCCUCCAUAUAUCCUUCAUCAUUGGUUCACUUCAUCCCUGGACACAAUAAUUCCUUGAUUUGUGCAGGGACUGGUAAGCCAGCUCCUACUGUAUCUAUCAGUGGAUACCAGUGCUUUUAUGCUAAUACUCAAUCUGAAUGGACUGUAAAUGGUAUAAUCAUCAGGUGUAAUGCACAACAGGUGGGCGGUAUCUACAGCAUUUCAAUGUAUUACACAUUAACUGAAUUUGUGACCGACUUCUCUCCUCAUAACGUCACUUGUCUGGCUAUGAGCUCUGCAUUCGAUACAGUAGAGACUGCCACUUCACUUGUUCAAUAUCAAGUUUAUGAAUCAGUGUUGACUCAAGCACCAUUUGUCACACUACCUGAAGGAGCCACAUUCAACAUAUCAUGUACCAGCACUGGAUACCCUCAUCCUACACUUGACUGGUUGUACGGUGAUGAUAAUGGAGCUAUUGUCUACAAUGAUAGGCAUAUUAGGAGUCCUGAUGAGCCCAUUAAUGCUUAUACUGUUCAAAGUAUUUUGACAGUAAAGGAUCUGAUACCAGCGGAUGCAGGAGAGUACAAGUGUAGGGCUCAAUAUUCAAGUGGUCACUUGGUUCAUGCUACAUCACUUGCUGUGACUCCAUUCAAUGAUUGUGCAUCUAAUCCAUGUGUCAAUGGGUCUUGUACUGAUUUACUGAAAGAUUACACUUGCAGUUGUAACAAUUUAUACAUUGGGAAGAACUGUAGCAUAAAAAAAAACAUUACUUCAGAGGCACCAAAUAUCACUGAAAAUCCGGCAAAUGUCACAGAAGCUUUCCUUUUUGGUUCUUUUAAUGUUACAUGUGAAGCUGUUGCUAUGGGAGGCUUUGUACAAUAUAGCUGGCUAAGGGAUAAUGUUAAACUGGAUGAAAGUGGUGAUGUACUAUUUAUUAGUGAAGCUGUGCCAGAAGACAGAGGAUAUUACACUUGUGUAGCAGAGAAUGAAGCUGGAAAUAGCACUUCACAACCAGGACUUGUUGUUAUUCCUGGACUAUACCAGUAUGUGGCUGCAAUCAGCACCCAAGCUUCCAAAGCAACUGGUCAACUAGUUAACAUAGAAAACAUUACAGUUGCUAUGGGAGAAUGCCUUAGCUAUGAUGUACUCCCUGAACAAAAACACGACCAUCAUCUACUCUGUAUCACAGUGUCAUACUGCUUCCUGUGCAACAACUAAUGGGCUUGGCUCAGUUUUGAUCACAUUGUUUCAAACAGCUCCUCCACUUCAAUCGGACAACCUCAGAGAUUAUCUUUUUAAUAAACUAACAACA